AUGGGAGGUGAGGUGGCGGCGACUACGGCGAGGGAGCUGAGGAUGAGGUCUGUGAGGAGAUUCCUGGAGGAUCUGGCAGCGGCGGACGAGGAGACUAAAGGGAUGAUUGAAUCGGCGAUUCGGCACAUGUAUGCACCGGAUCUGAAAUCGGGUUGGGGGAUUCACGUGGUUCAGGAGGUUAAGAUGUUGACGAAUAAACAAGAUCGUGAGGGUUUGGAUUCCUCCAUCAAUGAGCUUGUUCAGAUCGGCAUGCAGAGAGAAUUAGCUGCGGAAUCCAUAUACAAAGAAAGAUGUAUAGCUGUGGAUGAUGGCCCAAGUUGGGCCAAGUACAUGUCAAUCUCUGGUUGCCCUGAUGAUGACUAUGAUAUCAUCACUUUGCAAUAUACUGAGGAGGGUUUAUUAACUUUAGAUGAGAAUAGAGAUGGGCGUGCCGCUGCUUUUGGCGAUGACAUUGCAAUAGAAUGUCUUGCGACCGAGUUCAAAAGGGAGAUAUUUGUGGUACAAGCUCAUGGAUCUGAUGCAAUGGUUGAUGAAGAAAAUUGUGUUUUCUUCUUACCGCAUCAUCCAAGAAGUGAAGUGUGCGAACCUCCCUUCUUUCUGUUCAUGAAAGGAACAGGAUGGUGUGGUGCCGGUGCUGAUCAUUAUGAGCCUCUUAUUGCUAUUCCAUCAUCACUUGUUUCCCAGGAGAAAGUUGCCGUAGUCCUUUAG